UACAUUCCUCAGCACCGAGUAAAAAUACACGGCCCAAAUACAACUGCAAGCAGAGAGCUGACAUUAUCACACGCUUCAUAAAGGAAACAAAAUACCUCGCCAACCAUGGGCCGAUGGAUUAUAAACUCUCUGGCCGUCCUGUGCUUUUUGAGCAGUCACACAACAAGAGCUGACUCGACCACAGGUCCAAAUCUCUCACCCUCUGAGGUCCUGGACAAGCUCCUGGGUCCAUCAUCUGGCUACAAUCACAGAGUUCGGCCUAACUUUGGAGGGCCCGCAGUCAACGUCUCCUGUGGAGUCUUCAUCAGGAGUUUUGGGUCCAUUCAAGAGGCCACCUCGGACUAUCGCAUGACAGUCUACCUGCGACAGAGGUGGACUGACCCACGGCUGGCUUACAGCCACUACCCUGUACCCUUACUGCAUCUCGACCAGUCCAACAUCAAGCACAUCUGGAAGCCUGACCUCUUCUUUGACAACGAGAAGAGUGCGCACUUUCACGAAAUCACGACUGACAACAAGAUGCUGAGGAUCGCCAACAAUGGCGUCGUUGACUAUGCCAUGAGGCUCACGCUUACCCUCUCCUGUCCAAUGGACCUGCAUAACUUCCCCAUGGACACACAGAUGUGCUCCAUGUACCUGGAAAGCUUCGGCUACACUACAGCGGACAUCGUCUUCCACUGGAACGGACCUACGCCCGUGUCUCUUUUUGAAGGACUCACGCUUCCACAAUUUGUGCUCAGCAACAAAAUAAGCACUGGCUCCUGCACAAAGACUUACAGCACCGGUUCAUUUACAUGCAUUUUCGCAAAGUUUACUCUGCACCGUGAGAUGGGCUUCUACCUGAUCCAACUCUACGUGCCCAGCAUUCUCAUCGUCAUCCUCUCCUGGGUCUCAUUCUGGAUAAACAUGGAGGCAGCCCCGGCCCGUGUGGCGCUGGGGAUCACCACAGUCCUCACCUUGACCACACAGAGCACGGGGGCCAGAGCGUCACUGCCUAAGGUCUCCUACAUCAAAGCGAUGGACAUUUGGAUGGCGACGUGCCUGCUCUUCGUGUUCGCCGCGCUGCUGGAGUACGCCGCAGUGAAUGUAACAUCCAGGCAGAGCCAGGGCUUCAUGAAGAAGGGCAGAGGGAACCAGAAGCCCAUCGACCUGAACAUGGUGGGGAGUGUUGCUGCUGAAGUAACGACAAGGAUAUAUAUAAAGGCAAGGCUAUUCACGACAGCAUUCUGCAAUUCAUGAAUUGCAAUACCGUCAACACGCGCACACACGUGCUGACACACCAACAACAACAGCCGCCAUUCACAGCGAAGUGAUGGUGACAUCACCAUGGUGCCUGUGCCAUGCGUAUGUGCUGACAUUCAUACAUGUGCUAACAUGCAUACACACGCUGGAACACACUGAUACCACAGCAAUCACCGCCAUUCGCCACGACGUGACAGUGAUUGUGUGCUGACGUCAUGGUCCAAAUUUGUAAAAAAUACCCUCAUUAAACAUGCUCCAGGCCACUCUUGAAAAUGAGACAUUGGCUCUCGAGUUCUCACCCGGGUGAGACAAAAUGACCUUGCAACUGGAUAAGCACACACACACAUACAGACUAUUGGGGCAAGCGGUGUUUUUUUACGACACAUUUUUAACAGUGAAACAAAUAAAAGGUUUGAAUAUUACAAAAUAUAGCAAAUGAUCACAAAGUGUUAAAAUCUCAUCCAUAAUAUGUAUAACUAAUGUGUAACAUGUAUAAACUAAAUUGUAUUUUUUAAGCGUCUAAACUUUUUUUUAAAGUGCAAUUUCUUGGCCCUUUUUGAGGUUCUGGAAAUUUCUUGUAGCUGAAAAUGAUAACGACCUUUUGCUCUUAGUCAAUGCACUGCUGGAUGAAGGCCACCCCAUGCCAUGUUGAUGUUGAGGGUUGUUUGACCAUACCUGACAACGCUGGCCAGUGCGUGUUGGUGAAGGUGGUGGUCCAGGACAGGUUCAGAUAUCACUCGCUGCUGAUGUUCGCUGUGGCUAGAUUAGGACGGAGUUCGCUAGGUUCACAGUACAGGGCACGAACCACUGCGGCACCAAUCCCUUCAACUAAAAUAAAUAACAAAUGUAUUUUACCAUCACAAUUUUUACACUGAAUGGUCUUCUUCCUGUUAGUGACAGUAAAAAGCCUGUUAUUGUUUGUAUGUAAUAUGUUAGAUAUGGUUUAAGGGGUGACAUUAAUAAAGCAAAAUAUUUGUGUAUUUAUUUCUGCAAAGCCAGUGUGUGUUGCCAAUGUGCUUUGCAUU